AUGUUCCUCCGAACAUGCAUCUUCACCCUCGUCUCACUCGCGGCGCUUUCCUCGGCAUCUUACUAUGAUGCAAGAGAAGAGGAGUGGAAUCUGAACGUCAACGAGAACGCCGCCACCCCUCUGGAAUAUUCGGUCCCAGACUGGCCUUCAGGGUUCUCACAUCAGCCCAGUCCCGAGAACUGGAGAUUCCCAUUCUACAGCUUCUUCCUCGACAGAUUCAUCAACGGCGACCCCACCAACGACAACGCCAACGGCACCUCUUGGGAGCAUGACUACAAACAGACCGGCCUUCGGCAUGGAGGUGACAUCAAAGGCCUCGAGGAUUCGCUCGACUACCUCCACGGCUUGGGCAUCAGAGGUCUGUACCUCGUUGGCAGCGCUAUGUUGAACCACCCAUGGGAAGCAGAUGGAUACAGCCCCUACGAUCAUACGAUCCUUGAUCACCAUCUGGGCAACAUCACCCAGUGGCGAACUGCGAUUCAGGCCAUUCACGACAAGGGCAUGUACGUUAUACUUGACAACACAAUGGCCACCAUGUCCAACCUUUUCGGAUUCGAAGGUUAUCUCAACACCAGCGCCGAGUUUCAGUUCAACGAACACAAAAUGCAAUACACUUCCCACACGGAGUAUCGAGACUUCUACAUCAGCAACGAAUUCCACGAAGAGUGUCCUUACGACUUCCCACGCUUUUGGGAUCAGGGAGGCAACCAAAUCAUCGACAACAACACCAAGGCCAUGGUCGGCUGCAUGGACUCCGAGUUCGACCAGUUUGGAGAUGUCGGUGCUUUUGGCGUAUACCCUGAGUGGCAGAAGCAGCUGUCCAAAUUCAACGGCGUCCAAGACCGCCUUAGAGAAUGGAGACCACAGGUCCUGGACAAAAUCAAUCAUUUUGCCUGCAUGAUGAUCCAGGGAUUGGAUAUCGACGGCUUCCGUAUCGAUAAAGCUAUGCAGGUGACUGUCGAUGCGCAAGGCAAUUGGUCAAAGUUCCAGCGUGAAUGUGCUGCUGAAGUUGGAAAGAACAACUUCUUCAUUCCUGGCGAAAUCGUGAACGGUAACGCAGAUGCUUCAAUCUACUUGGGACGAGGGAAAGAGCCGAAAAUGCAGGUCUACAACGCUACAGAAGCCAUGAGCUCCAACGAUACUGAGUACAUCCGCGACCCUGGACACCAAGCUCUGGACGCUGGCGCUUUCCAUUAUUCAACAUACCGUGCGCUGAUGCGCUUCCUCGGUCUUGAUGGCAACCUGCUUGCUGCCAACGAUGCUCCAGUGAACUUUGCUGAUCAGUGGAAGACCUUUGUGCAGACCAACGACCUUAUGAACGCGAACACGGGCAAGUUCGAUCCACGUCACAUGUACGGAGUGUCAAAUCACGAUGUUCUCCGAUGGCCAGGAAUGACGAAUGGGACCGAGCGUCAACUUUUGGGCGACUUUGUUAUAUCCUUGCUAAUGCCUGGUAUUCCUAUAGUCACUUGGGGUGAAGAGCAAGCUUUCUAUGUUCUCGACAAUACUGCUAGCAACUACAUUUUCGGACGUCAGCCAAUGUCGUCAGCUCAAGCCUGGCAGAUGCACGGCUGCUACAAGGUCGGCAACACGAACCUCAACAACUGGCCUGUCAACAGUUCACUCGUAGGCUGCCAAGAUGACGGGGUCAGUCUCGAUCACAGAGACUCGACCCACCCAGUGUACACUGUCCUGAAGCAGAUGUUCGAGCUUCGCAACCGAUAUCCAGUCUUGCAAGAUGGUUGGAACCUUCAGCAGCUUUCCAACAUGACAUUCAACUACACAUUGCCAGGAUCUUUCGGCGUGCCAACCGAGACUGGUCUCUGGUCGGUCUUGAGAGGGCGUAACGAAGACCUUCAGGACUUUACAGGCGAAGGCAUGUUCGAAAAUCAGGGCAUUUGGCUUCUCUACUCCAACUACAAUGGGUCAGACAAGACUUACGAGGGCGAUUGCUCCGGCGACGAUGCUAUCAUCGCACCAUUCGAUUCCGGCACGACUGUCAAGAACUUGUUUUAUCCCUUCGAUGAGUGGACCUUGGAGGACUCUGCUGUAUCCCUUGGCAUCGAGGGCUCUACGAGCCCCAAUGGCUGCGUACCGCAGAUGAACAUGACCAAGUAUGGCUUCAAGGCUUUUGUACCCGUCGAAAAUUGGACAGCACCCUCGCCAGUGCUGACAAAGUUUCUGCCCGGUCAUGACGCACGGAUCCUCUCGAAUGCCACAGAUUCCCAGCCUACAACGCAGGAGAUCGAACUUCGUUUCUCGCAGGAGAUGGAUUGUGAUGCUCUUGGCGAUGCACUCAGCAUAAAUUCGACCACAGAUUCUGGUAAACAAGGCGCCAUCGAUGUUUCCAGCCUUGACUGCCUGACCAUUGAUCCGCAAUACGAAGCGUACUACUACGGUCCAAGUCCUUCGAUCUGGCGUGCUCGUGUCACGCUCACUGAUCUUUACGAUGGCAUUCACAGAAUCAAUGUUAACAACGCUUCCAGUACGUCUGGUAACACUUCGACCAACUCCAACGAUCACUUUAUGAUUCGGCUUGGGAAGGAAAUCAAUCCGAUGGUCUUCCCCUUCACCGCCAACUACAGCUCCACCUUGCUCUACCCAGAUAUCUCAGCCGAUAAGCGGGAUGUUGAGAUCACCACCAGUGGCUUCAUGCUCAACCAACGGGCGCCUGGAGCAGAUAAGUGGCGGUUCUCCAUGUCCUUUGGGGCUGUUUGGUCCGACUGGUACGACUAUGUGCCCGGCAACGUGUCUCUUCCAUCGCAGACCUGGACGGGCCAUUCCGACUACCAGAAGUGGACUGGUGAUCACGUCCAAGUGCAGUACUGGUCACGCCUUGCUGGAAGUAGCGCUCAUGUCAUUGAGGGAGACCUGGUUGGCACUAACGACAUUCCACGAAGAUUUCCUCAUCUUUUCUUACAUGGUUCCUUCAACCAAUACGGCUAUGCCAGUGGCCUCUCCAACACCAUGGAGCAACUCGACAAUGGCACUUGGAAGUUCGACUUCUUGACCGAAUGGCCAUCUCAAUUCCAGGUCAACGUCUGGGGCAUGGCUGCGAAUGGUCAACCUGACGUUAGUUUUGCCAUGGGCGACGUGGACAACGAUACUGUCCUUGAUCGCAUUUCACCGGUGUCUCUGCAGAAGGCGGUCGUUAAUAUCACCAACCUUGGCCCAGAGUCGCCGUAUCUGGCAUGGAAAAUUCUGUUCAACGAUGCGGACUAUCGCUACUACCUCGUUCCGGUAGGAAGCCGCUAUGAGCAGCUCGCAUUUUGGCUGUUAUUGGCAUUAGUGCCUGUCAUGACUGCUGUCGCUGGUAUCUGGGCAUACAUGCAUUUCUUCUACGGAGUCAAGUUCAACCAGAUCGGACUUUCUGAAAAGAAGAGCGUCUUUCCCGCUGCGGUUGGCAAAGUCUUUCACCGGGAGAAGCAUGAGGACUCGGACUCUGAGCUGUCGGCGCCACUUCCUCCUGCCACACCGAAUGCUGAUAAUGCUGGCGGCUCUGUCGUCCUUGCUACCGGCAUUGGCGCUGUGGUUGAGCAGAAACGUCGCACAGUCCUCAUCGCCACCAUGGAGUACGACAUCUCCGACUGGGCCAUCAAAGUCAAGAUAGGUGGUCUUGGUGUCAUGGCUCAGCUCAUGGGUAAGAAUCUCGAGCAUCAAGAUCUCAUCUGGGUCGUGCCAUGCGCUGGUGGUGUGGAAUACCCUGUCGACACACCAGGUCUACCAAUCGACGUCACAAUCCUGGGCCGCACAUACGAGGUGCAGACCCAGUACCAUAAGCUCAACAACAUCACUUACAUGCUCCUCGAUGCUCCAGUGUUUAGAAGACAGAGUACCAAGGAGCCGUACCCAGCUCGUAUGGAUGACCUGGACAGCGCCAUAUACUACUCCGCGUGGAAUCAGUGCAUUGCUGAAGCCAUGAGGAGAUUUCCCAUCGACCUUUACCACAUCAACGACUAUCACGGUACAGUCGCGCCCUUGUACUUGCUACCGGACACGAUCCCAUGCUGCUUGUCCUUGCACAAUGCAGAAUUCCAGGGUCUGUGGCCAAUGCGCAAUCCUCGAGAAGUAGAAGAAAUCUGCUCUGUCUUCAAUCUUCCUCAGACAGUGGUGCAACGUUACGUACAGUUCGGUGAAGUGUUCAAUCUUUUGCACGCCGGUGCCAGCAUUCUUCGAAUACACCAGAAAGGCUUCGGUGCCGUGGGUGUGUCCAAGAAGUAUGGCAAGCGGUCUUGGGCCCGCUAUCCCAUCUUCUGGGGUCUAAAGAAGAUCGGAGCGCUGCCGAACCCGGAUCCCUCCGAUGUUGCGGAGUGGGACAAGAAGCUUGCGAAUCCAGAAGACAUCAAAGUCGACGAGGUCUUCGAAAGUGCUCGAGCAGGCCUUAAACGUCAAGCGCAAGAAUGGGCAGGCCUGGAACAGCGAGCCGAUGCUGACCUUUUCGUAUUCGUUGGCCGAUGGUCCAUGCAGAAGGGCAUAGAUCUAAUUGCUGACGUCUUCCCUGCGAUCCUCGAGCAAAAUGAGCAUGUCCAGCUGCUCUGCGUUGGACCUACCAUCGAUCUUUAUGGUAAAUUCGCAGCUCUGAAGCUCGCCACCAUGAUGGAGAAAUACCCAGGACGUGUCUACUCCAAGCCAGAGUUUACAGCUCUGCCGCCCUUCAUUUUCAGUGGUGCCGAGUUUGCCCUUAUCCCUAGCAGAGACGAGCCUUUCGGUCUGGUCGCUGUUGAGUUCGGCCGCAAGGGUGCACUUGGUGUUGGCUCACGUGUCGGUGGUCUGGGUCAGAUGCCUGGCUGGUGGUACACGGUUGAAUCAUCGACCACUCGCCACCAAAUGCAUCAAUUCAAGAUGGCCAUCGCCGGAGCAUUGAAGUCCGACUACGAAACCCGUGCCACGAUGCGAGCUCGAUCGGCAAAGCAAAGAUUUCCAGUGGCUCAAUGGAAAGAAGAUCUCGAGAUUCUCCAGGGCACAUCGAUUAAGAUACAUCAGAGAGUCAUGGACCGCAUCUCAGCCAAACGCAUGGGGCUGGAAGAUAAGAGCGGAAGCUCCACUGGCUGGAACACUCCUGGCUGGAUGACGCCAAGAAGCGGAUGGGCAACGCCCACAGGGUCGCGACCGAAUACAAGGCCGUCGUCACCGACUCGCUCUGGGACCACGACGCCCACCGGUACGACACCAAAUGCGCUAUCGCUCGGCCUGCGACAUGGACCAGGACACACAUCGCCGCAGAACAGCAGCUCAUCUCGCAGCAAUUCGUCAUCAAGGCCGAGUGCUUCACGGAGGAAUUCUGUUGAGGAUCAGCACGGUGAGAGAAGGCAUAUGGGCGGCAAUGGAGACGAGGCAUACAUCAGCUCUCAAGCUGCCGAAGAGUUGAAACGCCGUUCGCAAUUGGGCACUGGUCUCAACGAACUGAACUUCGGCCUCAGGGAUGGCACCAGGAACAACCACCCGAGCCCACCGGAGAGGACACACAACCCAUAUUUUCCAGCCGGCACGCCUUUGACUCCCGGCGCAGACUCUGUAGAGGGUCAGCAGUUUCCAUUCCUCUCGCGCCCACAUACUCCAAUGCGACAAGACGCACCGAGCAUUCCGCAGACGCCACUGUCCACCGAAAUGGUCAUGGACGAGAAGAAGGAUCAGCCUCAAGAAUUGAUGCCUUUUUUCACGGAUCCCACAGGCUUGUACUACAAGACCUUCGAGAAGAAGCUUGAUACUCUUAAUGGCAAGAAUUCGGAGAGUGCGCUCUGUAUCGAAGAGUAUCUCGAAAAGUCGGAGAAGCAAUGGUUUCACCGCUUGCAUGAGGCGAAGAUGAGCCGCAGCAAUACUCCAAAUGCCUCGAAAGCCGCGACACCGGCUGGAUCAAUCUACGAGGGUGUUGAGACAGAUGAGGGUCUCGGUCAAUUCCUGCUGCCUGCCAACUACAAAGCCCCAACUGGUAUUCGUCGACUAAUGCUGAGCAAGUUGGGCGAUUGGCCAGUAUACUCGCUUCUUCUUGCGCUCGGCCAAAUCCUAGCCGCGAACUCUUACCAGAUCACCCUCAUCAGUGGACAGGUUGGUCAGACUGCAGGUCAGCUGUACACCAUUGCUUGCAUCUAUCUGGCGACUACCAUCAUUUGGUGGCUUCUGUUCCGACGUCUCGCUGCGGUCUGGUGCUUGAGUCUGCCGUGGAUCUUCUAUGGUAUGGCAUUCUGGCUCCUUGCCUUCGCGCCCUUCGGUCAGACGGCAUCGGCUCGUGGCUGGGUACAGAACGUUGCCACCGGCAUGUACGCUAUCGCAUCGUCUUCAGGCUCGCUGUUCUUCGCACAGAACUUUGGCUCGCUUGGCUCUGCCCCUGUCAAGGACUGGGCUUUCCGAGCAUGUGCCAUUCAGGGUACACAGCAGCUCUACGUGGUUGGCCUGUGGGCUUGGGGUAACAAGUUGACGAACCAGAACUCCAAUGGAGCGUCGACGUCCCUCGGUUACAAGAUGACUGCCAUCGGCAUACCUAUUGCUCUUUUCCUAUGGGCUGUCGGUAUUAUCCUCUUCCUCGGGUUACCUGACUUCUAUCGUCAGAAACCUGGCGCAGUUCCGGACUUCUACUCGUCCAUUUUCAGAAGGAAGAUCAUCGUGUGGUUCUUGGCAACUGUCUUUGUUCAGAACAUCUUCCUGUCGGCGCCCUUUGGGCGAAACUGGUCCUAUCUCUGGAGCUCAAACCACGCUCCUGGCUGGGCAAUUUUCCUGCUCAUCAUUCUGUUCUUCGUGGUUGUCUGGGCCGGCAUUCUGUUCUACUUUGGGCAUCUGUCCACAACACACAGCUGGAUCAUCCCGAUCUUCGCAAUCGGUCUCGGUGCCCCGAGGUGGUGUCAGAUACUGUGGGCGACGUCCGACAUAGGGCAGUACUUGCCAUGGGCUGGUGGGCCAGUCGCAUCGGCCAUCCUUGGACGAUCACUUUGGCUGUGGUUGGGCGUCCUCGACUCGAUUCAAGGAAUUGGCUUUGGCAUGAUUCUACUGCAGACCAUGGUUCGUUUCCACUGCUCGUUCGUCCUGAUGGCCGGACAAUGUAUUGGUGCUAUUGCGACCAUCAUCGCUAGAGCCGACGGCCUCAACUCGGUCGGUCCUGGCCCGACAUUCCCGAACUUUGCGGGAGGCUGGUCGGAUGGUCUUUCUGAGCCGUGGUUCUGGGUCUGCUUGAUAUUCCAGCUUGCCAUCUGUGUCGGCUUCUUCACAUUCUUCCGCAAGGAGCAACUCACGAAGCCAUGA